CCAUAGAGCCAUCACUGGGAUAUCCCUACAACAGUAAAACAAACAGCCCCACAGGACUGCUGAUAAUAUUACUGCCUUAACUAAUAUCUGACCUCUGCUCUUGGUCUUCCGGUGGCGGAGGGUGGCAUGGACAAUGGUGCAAACUGACGCCCGGUUGUUGUGGCGUUUGCUGCGCUCCUCAUUGAACCACACCCCUGUCAAGGAGCGCAGACGUGUUGGGUCUGUCUCUGUCUGCUCGAGGAUCCUGCAGUGUCGACACAGGAUAAACAGUCACCUCUGACCUUACUCUUCCUUCAUCGAGACGACGCAGCUCCAGGUCCCGCUGUAUGACCUGCAGGAUGCGGGACUGCUCCUCCUCUGUCAGGUGACUCAGGUCCAGGGAAGAGUCAGCCAUCUUCUCCUCGAUCCCUAAACUUGGAAGACAGCCACACUCUGUCCAGUUGGGGAACUUCUUUGUGCAGGCUUAUUCAAGCCUGUAGGUCCUGGCUCAGACAGAGACUGGUGCAUCCAACCAGCCGUCCUGCUGCUCCCUGAAAGGCCUCCAUCAGCGCUCUGCCGCUGCUGCAUUCUGGGAUCCACACAGACACCCAGGCAUCAUCAUCACCAUCUCCUUCACAAGUACCUAAUCUGACAAGAAGAGAGAACAAUUCUGGAAUCUGGACUUGCUUCAACAAGGUUGUGUUUGCGUGACUGCUGAUCAACUAUGAUCCUGAACGCCUCUGAUCUGGGCUGGGAUGAGUCCUCAGGUGCUGAACAGUUCUUUCCUCUGGACCUGCUGGAUAGGUCCCCCAAAUAUGAGGUCCCACCCCUCACAGUGUGGGGCGUUGCUCUAUGUGUUUCAGGAACUCUUAUCGCUGCUGAAAAUGCAAUAGUGGUCACCACCAUCUUGGCCACCCCCUCUCUCCGGGCCCCUGUUUUCCUGCUGCUGGCAAGUCUUGGGCUGGCAGACCUCCUGGCAGGUGUUGCUCUGAUCCUGCACUUCCUCUUCCUGUUCUGCGUAGAGCCCAGCGAUUGGUCGGAAUUGCUGACCUCAGGACUGUUGGUGACAUCACUCACUGCCUCACUCUGUAGCCUGAUGGGUGUCGCUUUGGACCGAUACCUGUCCUUGAGCCAUGCCCUGACCUAUGGUUCAAGCCAAUCACGUUACAGAGCUGCAGUCCUCCUGCUGCUGGUCUGGUUGGGUGCAUGCAUCAUCGGGGCAGGACCUGCAAUGGGGUGGCACUGUCUGGGAGAACCAAAAUCCUGUUCUGUAGCACGACCUUUGACCCGGACUUACCUAUCACUGCUGUGUGGUGGCUUCCUAGUAGUUGUAAUGGUAACCCUACAAUUGUACGCUGGAAUCUGCCGCGUGGCAAGACGGCAUGCCCACGCCAUCGCUACCCAGAGGCACUUCCUCCCUGCUAACCAAUCAUAUGCAAGUAAACAUAGCAGUGGGAGGGGCUUCUCUCGGUUGAUCCUGGUGCUCAGUGUGUUUGUGGGCUGCUGGAUGCCUUUCUCGCUCUGGGGGCUGCUGGGAGACGCCUCCAGCCCUCCUUUGUACACCUAUGCCACCCUCGUGCCCGCAGCAGGGAGCUCGCUGUUGAAUCCAAUCCUCUACAGUCUGAGACAUAAAGACAUUCGCAAGGUGCUGCUACAGGCCUGCUGCCCCCACAGAUGCACACAAAACACACACAUACACUACCCCGUGGAUGUGUAGACUGCCAAACCUCGCCAAUCCAACACACGAUCUAUGCCAGACAUAUCACUGUUUGUGUGCCAAGAUACACACAUAGCUGCAUUGACUAUCAUCCAGGUCCAGAACAUGAAGUCCCACACUCACACACUCCCACACAUGCAAGCAGCACUUCUCCAAGAGAUGAAGGCCUCCUGCGAAUCAGAACGUCCUGUAACGUCCUGGCAGGCCGCCAUCUUGGGACUGGAUCAAAACGUACUGUCUUGUGUGUACUUUGUGCCUCAUCCUCAGCCAAUUGUAGAUCUAUCGGAUCCACAAAAUGAAACAAUCACAGGGACAUUACAUGCAUCAACACUCUUGAGAGUGGAUAUAAUGACCAUUGGCACUUUAAUAGAAGAAGAAAUGAUGUGUUUUUAAUGUAAACCUCUCACAGUUUGAGGAUAUAUGUGAUCCAAAGCCCAAUUUUAUUUACUUGAAUCUCUAAAAAACACAUUGUUCUAGACCUUUGAGAUCCUAUUUUGCACAUGCUAUUAAAGGCACUUUGAAAGGUACUGACCGUAUGUUCAUGUUGCGCAGCCUUUUUGAAAUGAAUGAAUAUUUUAUACAAAUGAAUAAUAAAUAUGCUUUUUUUUCUAC